UUUUUUUUCUUAGUGCUCAUCUCCAUUCGACAUUCUUCAUUCUCCAUUCUUCAUUCACAUUCACCGCUUGUUCGACAAAAAUAAGAUAUCAGGGAAAUAGAGAAAAAGAAGGCCUGAAUGUUAUUUUAAUUUAGCGCAGGCAUAUAUACAUUCCAAUUGAUCAGAUCAUGGAUCCCCUUGAUUACUACGCACUAUUGAACUUGGUGGAUGCCCCUGGCGUUGUGCCAGGCCGUGACCCAAAAUGUCAAUAUGUUCAAACACCAUUAAAAUCUUCUGCAAAUGCAUCUACUCCUACUUGGGGAUGUCCUGCAGGACAUUUUUGCGUCUCGCCAAAACAUUCAGCGCCCUGCACGCCUGGCUUCUACUGUCCACCCAACACAGCUCAGCCCAUGUACUGUUGUCCAGGCUAUUAUUGCUCCAAUGACACGACCACUUUGACAAUCUGUCCCCAGAAUCAAUACUGUCCAGCAGGAUCAGUAGGAGGAGGAGUCUCCUGCUUAUGGCUCGCCUCAUGUCCCGCGGGUAGUUCAUCGGCUUCCAAGUUUGGGCUGGUUCUUUUUGUUAUCAUUUUUAUCAUUGGUAUUUACAUUGUUUUCUGGAUCCACAAACGAUUUGAACGAGUCCGUACUCAGCAUCUUGAGAAGCGGCUACGAUGGAUCCAUAACCAUAAUGCCAAUCAUGACAACCUGUUGAUUGAGGAUGAGCAGGACGACGACGACGACGACGGCUGCAAUGAUGAAAAAAGUAGUGGAUCUGGUACUCAUGAUGAUAAUGGUAAUAGCAACAGUCGCCACAGGAUACGUGAUCAAGUCAUUGAUAUUGAUGGCAACAAAUCUACGCCGCACCGUUCAGAUUCCGAUCGAACAGCUGUAGGAGAGACAUCACCAUCAUCAAAGCCUGUAGACGAUGUCCCUCAAAGACCGAAGCUGAGGAGAAAAGUGACAAAGGUCACUCACUCGUUCGACAUUGAGUUUGAGCGCCUCAGCUUGACUCUUUCAAAUGGAACUACCAUUCUACAGAAUGUAUCUGGCCAGCUGAAGGCAGGAAGGAGUUGCGCCAUCAUGGGCCCUUCAGGGUCCGGCAAGACUACGCUUAUCUCCAUCCUCACAUCGAAAAUGCCCAAGAACGAAGGUCGCGUUCUCAUCAACGGACAAGAAGAGGAUCUUAGCCAUUACCGUAAACUCAUUGGAUAUGUACCUCAGGACGAUAUCAUGAUGCGCGAGCUAACUGUGCAUGAUAUCCUCUUACACUCUGCAUACAUGCGCUUGCCAGCCAAACUCACGAAAUCACAAAUGACGGAAAAAGUACUGGAGAUUGUUGACUUUCUGGGUUUAAACUCGGUAAUGGAUUCUGUAGUAGGUGAUGCCGAAAAGCGAGGUAUCUCUGGAGGCCAAAGGAAGCGCGUCAACAUUGGUAUGGAACUUGUAACAGACCCUAGCAUCUUGUUCCUGGACGAGCCGACCUCGGGAUUGGAUUCAAGUACAAGUGGUGAUGUCUGUAAACUCUUGAGGGCCAUUGCGCGCAAGAAGGGUCUCACAGUCGCUGCUGUCAUCCACUCUCCCUCGCCCGUUGCAUUCGACCAAUUUGACGACCUCUUGCUCUUGGGCCACGGUGGCCGCGUGGUAUUCCACGGACCCAGGACUGAAGCGCCAGCUUAUUUCUCUGCCAUCGGUUUUCCCCUACCCAAGGACUCUAGCCCUUCAGACUUCUAUAUGGACGUGAUAUCAAAUAAUGUCAAAUCCAAGAUCUCUAAAAACUUCAAGCCCUUCUACCUGCAUCGCUAUUGGGAAUCGUACUGCAAGCGCGCACAGACAUUUUAUGCAGCAGGCAACAAUGGCGUGGAAUAUAGACACCCAUCACCUUAUACUUCAAAUCCAUCAUUACUCCAUCUUAAUUCGCGAGCUUCAGGUUGCCAUAGUUUGGAUCAAUCCGCAAUGUCGGUACAGCAUCAGCAUAGACCAGAGCUAUCAGCCAUGCCCAAUAUGAGUGGUGCCUCAUCGCCAGCGCUGUCUCCUUCUUCUGUGCAUAGCCCGGGGGCGGUAGGGCCGUCAUCUCUCCAUCCCUCGUCAGCUUCCCGCGUUGGCGAUGAGAAACGCCAUAGUCAACACAAGAGUGUAACCAGGGUCCGUGACUUGGCUCUUGAACAUGAGCCUAAAUCCGGUUCGUCUACACCUCGAGCUUCCAUGGCCCUAUCUGAGUUUCACUCCAUGUAUGAUUCGCCGCCUUUACCAGAGAAACUCACCUGGGUAGAGACGACCAAAGGGGCGCUCCGCAUAUUUCUCAUUGACAGUCGUAUGUGGUGGCACGGGGUUUUUGCAGAGACCAAGGAAACUGUUUUGGGGCUCUUUCUUAAACGCAGAGACCCUAUCCGUAACACUGCAUCCCCAUUCAAGAUGUUUUGGCUAUGUCUAUCUCGUGCACGCCUGCAGAUUUACAGGAGCCGGCGUCAGUUCCUCUACGACCAGCUCUUGCACCUGGGCUGUGGCAUGUUCAUCUCAAUUGCUGCCUCAAAGUUCGAUUAUCUCGGUCGACAACAUGACAUGGUCUGUGCAAUGACUCCAUUCCAGCUCAAGCCCAGCUGCUUCAGUCCAACGGACCAUUUGGCAGAAGUCGGUGUCUUUAUUGCACUCGGUGUUUGCUUUGCAGGCAUUUCGGUGGGAUCUGUCACUUUUGGCAACGAAAAGCUGGUCUAUUGGCGCGAGAAGUCUUCGGGUCUACUCACGCUCCCUUAUUAUUUAGCCAAAGUGAUUGCUGAUAUCCCUCGCAUCGUUCUUGCCGGAAUCAUGUUCUCAAUCUCAUUGAUUAUCUUCUUCAACGAGCGAUCCAAUUAUUUCUAUCUAUUGUUUAUUAUCAUCAUGCUGUAUGCUAUAGCCUUUGCAAUGGGCUAUCUACUAUCAGCCUUGAUCCCUGCUCAGCGCGUGGCGCUUGUGGGAACAGGAUUUACGUUGGCUUGGGCAAUUGUGUUUUCGGGUGAUGCACCUGAUUUGGCUGAUGUGAUGAGCGAUAGCGCAUCGGGCGGAUAUAGAGCGACAUCAUGGAUCUGGACAAUCUCUGCACCUAGGUAUGCUAUUGAAGCGAUUUACUUGCGGGAAGUGCAGGCGAGGCCGUGGGUCGAGAUUCAAAACGCUCCUCUAGCUCACACAUAUAAGCUAGACCAGUUCUGGUGGUGUUUUAGGGCCAUGGCUUGUAUUCUACUUGGAUGGCACGUUUUAGCAUUCAUCAGCUUCAAACUAAAAGAUCGAUCCAAGCAACGCUAGAAAAAAAAAAUGUAUAGACUACCACAAUACCUUAAUAACUUAAUUAAAAGUCUGUUGGCCACUUUAACGCCCAGCUUUC